ACGUCUGUUGGCUACCUUGGUGCCGCAAGGCAAGAUGGCGGCGCUCAGGUCCUUGUGGAGAUUACGGGCAUCUUCAGGGUCAUGGGCGCAGGCGAUUGCGCUGGGGGCAGCGCCCAGCAGAGGAAAGCAGUGGCAACCCGAUGUGGAAUAUGUAAAGCAGUAUGGAGGUGCUGUCAUGUACCCCAGCAAAGAAACAGAACAUUGGGUCCCUCCUCCAUGGAAUGACAAGGACCCUCCAUUAGAGAGGAAAGUCUCCAAUCUCACCCUCAAUUUUGGGCCCCAGCACCCGGCGGCUCACGGGGUCUUGCGUUUGGUGAUGGAACUGAGCGGGGAGAGUGUGAAGAAAUGUGACCCUCACAUUGGCUUGCUCCAUCGGGGCACUGAGAAAUUGAUUGAGUACAAGACAUACCUCCAGGCUCUGCCAUAUUUUGAUCGGCUUGACUAUGUCUCCAUGAUGUGCAAUGAACAGGCCUACUCCUUAGCAGUGGAGAAACUGCUCAAUAUCCGUCCACCCCUGAGGGCUCAGUGGAUCCGAGUCCUCUUCGGCGAAAUCACGCGCCUCUUGAACCACGUCAUGGCCAUCACCACCCACGCCCUGGACAUCGGAGCCAUGACCCCCUUCUUCUGGAUGUUUGAGGAGAGAGAGAAGAUGUUUGAAUUCUACGAACGGGUCUCCGGGGCCCGGAUGCAUGCUGCUUAUAUCCGUCCAGGAGGGGUGCAUCAGGACAUGCCUCUGGGGCUGAUGGACGACAUCUAUGAGUUCAUGAAGAAUUUCUCUAUCCGGGUAGAUGAGGUAGAAGAGAUGCUCACUAACAACCGAAUCUGGAAGAACCGCACGGUUGAUAUCGGGGUGGUGACAGCAGAGGAAGCCCUCAAUUACGGUUUCAGCGGAGUGAUGCUUCGUGGCUCAGGUAUCCAGUGGGAUCUCCGCAAAAGGCAGCCUUACGACGUCUACGACCAGGUGGAGUUUGACGUCCCAAUCGGGUCGCGGGGCGACUGCUAUGACAGGUACUUGUGCCGAGUGGAAGAGAUGCGCCAGUCACUCCGCAUCAUCCUGCAGGCGCUCAACAAGAUGCCCGAGGGCGAGAUCAAGGUGGACGACGCCAAGAUCUCCCCUCCGAAGAGAGCGGAGAUGAAGACUUCCAUGGAGGCUCUGAUCCACCACUUCAAGCUGUACACGGAGGGCUACCAGGUCCCUCCUGGCGCUACCUACACAGCCAUUGAAGCUCCCAAGGGAGAGUUUGGCGUCUACCUGGUCUCAGACGGCAGCAGCCGACCCUACCGCUGUAAAAUUAAGGCUCCCGGCUUUGCCCAUCUGGCUGGCUUGGACAAGAUGUCCGAAGGUCACAUGCUGGCUGACGUGGUGGCUAUCCUAGGCACCCAGGAUAUUGUCUUUGGCGAAGUGGAUAGAUAAACAUCGACCCAUCUGGGGCUGUGAAUGUCGAACUGAGAAGUUGGGAUCUCUGCACAUGGGCUCCACCCAUCAAGGGCUGUCAAUCCACUACCCACCCUUUUUGUGUGUGUGUCUGUGUGUACAGUCUUGUGCGGCCCUCCUUAUGCUUCAGGCAGGGCUUAGCUAAAAUAAAAAAUAAAAAGAAUCUCUUGGCAAAA